CCAGCUUCGAGUCCCCUUCCUCCUCUGUUGCUCCGAGCCAGACCGUUUCGCAUUGAAAUGUCUCUACAAUUGUCGAACCACCAAUCUAUGCCAGUGGCGCCACCAAAUCCGUACGGAUUUCGUGACCCUAGGAGUGUCCCCGGGAAACCCAGAGGAGUCGACAUCCUCAUCGCAGCGCAAGAGCGCCAGCUCAAGCGUUCACGCUACGAACGGUGGAUGCAAUGCGCAGCGAAUAGGUUGCAAAUGACCGUGCUCAAUUCCUUGCGUACAAUUCGCAAUCUCAUGUGGCGUUUCACUCUAGGCCGAUGGUUUUGGAUUAAAGCUUGCCAUGGAACAGACACGAUAGAAGUCGAGACGAUGCGCAUGAUCUCCUCUCGCACGCGGAUACCCGUCCCUCAUGUCUGGACACACUUCGUCUGGAGUGGUAGACGCUAUAUCAUAAUGAGCCGGAUCAGAGGUGUGGCGCUGUCGACUGUAUGGUAUACAGCAGGGCCGCAGUUCAGAGAAGUUAUCGUUGAGCAACUAGCCAGUUGCUUCGAUGAAUUACGAACGUUACGCACUCCUUAUGGCCGUCGUAUCUGCUCCGUGCUGGGGGGGCCAGUACGGGACUUCCGACUUCGAUACCAACAUGUAGGACCGUUUGAAGAUGAAGACGACUUCAAUCUUCGUGGCGCACGAUUCUACAACGACUUCGAAUCCCUCCCCGCCGAAUGCAUGCCACAGCUCGUCGCAGCUGCGCACUCGAUUAAGCACGGCAUUGUGUUCACACACGGUGAUCUUGCUACGCGAAAUGUCAUGGUCGACGGCACCAAAGUUACAGCGAUACUUGACUGGGAAUGUGCUGCUUGGUUUCCCGAACAUUGGGAAUAUUGCAAAUCGAUCUUCGCUACGCCAUCGUGGGUCCGUGAAGAUUGGCUUCCAUGGCUCCGCCGUAUGCUUCCUGUCUAUGACUUGGAAGCUGAAGCCGACAAGAUGCUCGUGCAAGGACUCUGGGAACCAUUUCUCUAG